AUGGACGAAUCCCUAAACAAAGUAAGCCCCAACUCACCCUACUCACCCAACCCGUAUCCCCAAAGGCACUCACUCACCCCUCCCCUCCCAUCCCACCAGGCGCUGUUCCAACUCCAAUCGCAAUACCAAGAAGUGUCGCGUCAGAUCCAAAUCGUGCGAGCCCAAGCCCAAGCGAGGGAGAGGGAUCGCAAGAUGACGACCCUGACCUUGAGGGAGAUUGAAGCCUUGCCUAGGGAUCCGCCCGUGACGUGUUAUAGGGGGGUAGGGAGGAUGUGAGUCAUCUCUGGGGAAUAGUGAGGCCCCACUUUGGGGUCCGGUCGAUCUGACGAGGCUUCUGAAUGAUCCCAUUACCGCUACUUCGAAUAGGUUCGUACAUGAAUCAAGGAACAACAUCGAAAACACGCUCAAGGGGAAAGCCAAAGAGGUCGACGACGAACUCAACGUGCUCGAGAAGAAGCACAAGGUCCGUUCAUCAACUCGACCCAUUCGAGCAAUCUCGUCCACUGAAAUCCUCUCAAGCGACUCGCACACAGUACCUCGAAUCCGAAAUGAACACCUCACAAUCGUCAGUACAAUCGCAUCCCCAAUACCACUCGCGAGGUAACCACCCGCUGACCUCGAUAGUUUGCUCCCUCGUCCUCAGAUCCCUCCGAGAUCUCCUCCAAGAAGUUCAACGCCAACAACAAUCAUAA